AUGGCUUACGGUAGCUCUAAUCCCGAGACCACUUGUCACAAACGUGUGCCAGACCUUCCUAUAGGCUAUACUGUAUCUAACAACCCGCUAUCGCAGACCGCGGUGAAUAAUACGAACUCCGAAGAGUUAUCAAAAACAAAUAACAACAAUAACAAUUUGGCAGACACCAACGACUUGCCACUACCUGCACCACCGAAUGAUUCGCCCGGUAACGCUACCAACAUAAACGAUGCAAACAAGCCCGCGCAGAAUAGGACUACCGAAGUGUUAUCAGCACAGAAUAUGAACACCGAUGAGUUAUCAAAAACAAAUAACAAUAAUAAUUUGGCAGACACUAAUGACUUGCUACUACCUGCACCACCGAAUGAUUCGCCCGGUAUCGCUUCCAACAUAAACGAUGCAAACAAGCCCGCGCAGAAUACGAAUACCGAAGUGUCAUCAGCACAGAAUGCGAAUACCGAAGAGUUACCAAAAACAAACAACAACGAUAAUAAUAACAUAAACGAUGCAAACACCCCCACGGAUGCUAAUGUCGCUGCUUAUGCUAAUCGGGUUUCUGCCCCAGUGAAUGCUUCUAAAGUUACAAAAUCAACUGUAUACAAACCCAGGAAUCCGUCCACUAUUGUUGUUGGAAGUAACUUUAAUAUUAACUCUUAUGCGAAUAUGCUAAACAAUAUAUUAGAUCUCAUAUUUGUUGAUGAUAAUUUAAUUUCUAAUUUGACGGAGUGUCAAUUUCCCAUUUCUAAGUCGGUUAUGCACCAUGUGCCGCUAUCUUUGACCUUAGAAUUUGUAGACUUUGUCCCUAUAGACCGAACUCCUCAAAACAUUCAAUCGUUUAAUCUCAAAAAUGCAAAUUUUGAGUUACUCAACUCGAGCAUAUCGCAAGUUGAUUGGGAGUCUAGUUUCUCUGGUAAAACCGCUGCCGAAUGUUUCGACAUCUUUCUGCUUGAACUGUCUGAUGUUAAAAAAGUUGAAAAACCAAAGGAACAAAUUUUUUAA